GGGUCCCGCUUCACUCCCAGCCUAGAGCGAGUCAAUUUAUGGAAAGACAAGUCGACCCUUUAAUGGUUCCCAUCAAAACCACUAAAAACAUCAUCAGAGUGGCCGACUACCGCGAGGAUUCCUGUGGCGGACGCAUGCAGCCUUCUCCCAGCUGACACACUCCGACCAAAACAAACACGCGGAGAGACAUUUUGGGGAGUUUGACCAGGCUGUUCACUUCCCCAGAGAGAAGAGAAGUUCGCUUUUGCUCAAGUUUUCCAACAUUUCCAGAGUGUGCUUCUUCCUCGGCCAGGAUACUUUUGCAGCAGGCGGCAGAAGUGGCUCGUGAACAGUCCGCUCUGCGCCUUUAUUUACUUUAGUUUAUUUUUAUUUACCGUUUUUGUCCAAGCGAGUCUGGUGGUUCAUGCUCACAAAUGUUAGCGGUCGGGCAAAUGGAGGCUAACCGGCAGAGUGCUUUCGUCCUGGGCAGCACCCCGCUGGCGGCGUUGCACAACAUGACCGAGAUGAAGACGUCCCUGUUCCCGUAUGCGCUGCAGCAGAGCCCGGCGGGCUUCAAGGCGCCCCAUCUCUCCAGCCUCAACUCCCAGAUGACCGGAGGGACCCCGCACGGAAUAAGCGACAUCCUGGGGAGACCCAUCACCACGGCCGGACAGCUGCUCUCCGGGUUCCCCAGGAUAAACGGCCUGGCCACCACCGCGGCCGCCGCAGCCGCGGGGAUGUACUUCAGCCCGGCGAUGUCGCGGUACCCGAAGCCCCUGGCUGAGCUGCCGGGGAGGGCGCCCAUCUUCUGGCCCGGGGUGAUGCAGGGUUCUCCCUGGAGGGACCCGCGGGUGCCUUGUCCCAGUCAGGCUAAUUUAAUGUUGGACAAGGACGGCAAGAAGAAACACUCCAGACCGACCUUUUCAGGACAGCAGAUUUUUGCACUGGAAAAAACUUUCGAGCAGACGAAAUACCUGGCCGGCCCAGAGAGAGCCCGCCUGGCUUACUCCUUAGGAAUGACCGAGAGUCAAGUCAAGGUUUGGUUCCAGAACAGAAGAACCAAAUGGCGGAAGAGACACGCGGCAGAAAUGGCCACGGCCAAGAAGAAGCACGACUCAGAGACGGAGAAGAUGAAGGAAAGCUCGGAUAACGAGGACGACGACGAGUACAACAAACCACUGGACCCAAACUCAGACGACGAGAAAAUCACGAGACUGUUGAAAAAGCACAAGGCCACCAACCUGGCGCUGAUCAGCCCCUGCAGUAACAGCUCGGACACCUUGUGAUGCCCACAGCUGGGGGGCCAAAACGAGGGGGACCAAAGGGUCCAGCAAAG